UCAUGGAAAAGGAAAACCUCGUCGUUACGGCGCUUCUUUCGUCUUUCUUUCAAGUGACUUUUGACAGGUUGUUUUCAAGUAAUCUCAUAGACUACUUCCGUAGAAGCAAACUUGAAGAUGUGCUGGUGGACAAACUUAAGAUUACUGUUGAUUCUAUCAACAAAGUGCUGGACGAAGCAGAGACAAAGCAGUACCAAGACACAUCGGUGAAGGAGUGGCUUGAUGAAGUUAAACAUGCUGUGUAUGAGGCUGACAAGUUGUUAGAUGAGAUUGCCACUGAUGCACCACUCAAGAAGCUUAAAGCUGAAUCUCAAACUGCUGCCAGCCAGGUACGAGGCUUCUUUUCGGCUUUUACUGCUAAUCCAUUUGAAUCUAGGCUCAAAGAAUUGCUACAGAACUUAGAUUCUCUUGAAAAGCAAAAGGGAAAGUUAGAAUUGAAAGAAGACACUCGCGCUAGCAAUGAAGGUGGAGUUAGUUGGAAACUCCCUAAAAGAUUGCCAAGUACAUCUUUGGUGGGACUAUCGAGCACCAUAUAUGGUAGAGAUGAGGAUAGAGAGCAAAUAAUCAAAUUUUUACUUUCAGACAAUGUCAAUGACAACUCUGUACCUAUAAUUAGCAUAGUGGGUAUCGGUGGGAUGGGUAAGACCACCCUUGCUCAGCUCGUGUACAAUGACCAAAGCUUGAAGGAGCAGUUUGAACUUAAAGCUUGGGUCCAUGUGUCAGAAUAUUUUGAUAUUGUUGGAGUUACAAAAGCAAUUCUUAAGUCAUUCCAGUGUUCAGCAGAUGCUGAAGAAUUGAAUUCACUUCAACUUGAAUUGCAGAAGACACUAAUGGGCAAGAAAUAUUUGCUUGUUCUAGACGAUGUCUGGAAUGAGAAUUGGGCAAGUUGGGAAGCCUUACAAGUUCCUCUUAAUUAUGGAUCUUCUGGAAGUAGAAUUCUUGUCACAACACGUGAUAAGAAGGUAGCAUCAGCCAUGAAAUCCACCCAACUACUUCCUUUAAAGGAAUUGAAGAAAGAUGAUUGUUGGAGUUUAUUUGAGAGACAUGCUUUUCACAACAAGAAUGUAAGUGAACAUCCAAAUCUUGAAUCAAUUGGCAAGAAAAUCGUUAAGAAGUGUGGAGGGUUACCUUUAGCUAUAAAAGCAUUGGGAAAUCUCUUGCUAAUAAAAUUCUCUCAAAGUGAAUGGGUUAAGAUAUUGGAGACUGAUAUGUGGCGUCUAUCUGUUGAUAGUAACAUUAACCCGACAGUGAGAUUGAGUUACCAUGUUCUUCCUUCGAAUCUGAAGCGUUGUUUUGCUUAUUGUUCUAUGUUUCCCAAAGGCUAUCCGUUUGAAAAGGAUGAAUUAAUCCAGUUUUGGAUGGCAGAAGGUUUGCUGAAGUGCUGCGGAACAGAUAAAAGUGAAGAAGAUUUGGGUGAUGAAUUCUUCAAUCAGCUUGAGUAUAUUUCAUUUUUCCAACAAUCAGCAGGCAGUUUCUUCGUGAUGCAUGAUCUUGUCAAUGAUUUAGCAAAAUCAGUGUCAGGAGAAUUCUGUUUACGAAUAGAGGGUGAUCUUAUCCCAAAGCUGUUAGAUAGGGUGCAAGAUAUCCCUGAUAAGACACGUCACAUUUGGUGCUCAAAUGAUAUAAAAGACGGUGAUAAAAUAUUAGAGCAUAUUUACAAGUGUAAUGGAUUACGCAGUCUGAUAUGGAAACGAGGUGCCCGAGGCUUCAAGAUAUGCAACAAUGUACAACAUGCUCUGUUUUCGAGACUUAAAUAUUUGCUGGUGUUAUCAUUCAGAUAUCAUGAUCUCUCAGAGCUAGAUGAUGAGAUAAGCAAUUUAAAGCUUUUGCGCUAUCUAGACCUUUCUUACACUGAGAUUAAAAGGUUACCUGAUUCCAUUUGUGUGCUGCAUAAUUUGCAGACUCUGAAAUUGGAAGAUUGCCAUAAUUUGACUGAGCUCCCUUCAGAUUUUUAUAAACUCAUCAAUUUACGACAUCUUCACCUGGAAGGCACUCGAAUAAAGAAGAUGCCAAAGCAUAUAGGAAGGCUAAUCCAUCUUCGGACGCUGACUCAUUUUGUUGUGAGAGAGAAUGGUGGAUCUGAUAUUAAGGAGUUGGCCAAACUCCACCAUCUUCAAGGAAGACUUAACAUUUCAGGGUUGGGAAAUAUCACUGAUCCUGCAGAUGCCGCAGAAGCCAAUUUGAAAGAUAAGAAACAUUUAGAAAAAUUAUUGUUGAAGUUCCAUGAAAGAACAGAAAGCCAAUCAACGAGUGGAGAAAACGAUGACUUAAUAUUUGAAAUGCGUGUCUUGGAGGCACUUCAACCAGAUAGCAACCUGAAUAGCCUCACUAUCAGAUACUAUCGUGGCAAUAGCUUUUCAGAUUGGCUUGGGGAUUCUCAUUUUUCCAAUUUAGUGUCUAUGAACCUGGGUGGAUGCCGAUUCUGUUCAAGCUUGCCACCACUUGGGCUGCUCUCCUCCCUCAAGGAGCUUUUUAUUUCAGACUUUGAUGAAAUAGAGAUAAUUGGUAGAGAGUUUUACGACAAUUAUUCAUCAAAUGUUCCAUUCAGGUCCCUUGAAAUUUUUGAAAUUGAGAAUAUGCCCAAAUGGAAGGAAUGGUUCUGUCCGGAUGAUGGUGAAUGUUUCCCAUUUCUUAAAGAGCUUUCAAUUCAAAACUGUCCGAAGUUGAAAAGUGGGCUGCCUCAACACCUUCCUUAUUUGAAAAAACUGGAGAUUAGUGAUUGCCAAGAGCUUGAGGCUUCACUUCCCAAGACUCCUAAUGUUGGGGAGUUACGACUUGAUGGAUGUGAAAACAUUUUGGUAAAUGAAUUGCCAUCCACCUUGAAAAAAGCCUUCAUUAGUGGUACUGGAGUCCUUGAGUCCUACCUGGAGCAAGUUCUAUUGAAUAAUGCUUCUCUUGAAGUGUUAGUGCUUACAGAUUUUAAUGGUCCAGAUCUAAAAUGCUCCUCUUUGGAUUUGCGUUGCUGUAAUUCUCUUCGCACACUGUCUUUUAGAAGCUGGUACUCCUCCUGGUGGCCUUUCUCACUAAGCUUGUUCACCAAUCUUCAUUCUCUGUACUUGAAUGAUUGUCCACAGCUGAUAUCAUUUCCUGGGGAAUGUUUUCCUUUGAGUCUAAGCAUCCUCUAUAUAAGGAACUGCCCCAAACUGAUUGCUUCGAGAGAGGAGUGGGGUUUGUCCAAACUUCAUUCUUUGAAAGAUUUCAGUGUUACUGACGACUUUGAAAACGUGGAGUCUUUCCCGGAGGAGAGUCUGCUGCCACCUAAUAUUAAUAUUCUCUACUUGGAGAAUUGUUCAAAGCUAAGAAUAAUUAACAAAAGGGGUCUUCUCCACCUCAAAUCUCUCAAAUACCUAUAUAUUUGGAAUUGCCCUCGUGUUGAGUACAUGCCAGAGGAGGGUCUACCCAACUCUCUUUUUGCUUUAUCGAUUUGCAAUUGUCCAUUCCUUAGGCAGCGGUACCGAAAGGAGGAAGGCGAGCAUUGGCAUAAAAUUAGUCACAUUCCUUCUGUGUCUAUUUGGUAGCAGCUGAAAGAGAUGUUACUAAAUGCACAGAGAUGUUGAAGUUCAGGGUUGUUGGAUAUUGGGGACUUUGAGACGAAUGCAUGUUGUGGAUUUUGAACUAGCCAAGUUCUUGCAUCACCCUGGAGCUUCUCAAUCAAUGUCUCUUCAUUUGGCUCCUAUGCCUGUGUUUUCCUCCUUUCCUUUACUUAGAUUACCACCUCAUCUUUUCUAUUUUUGUUACUUUUUUCUUUUGUACUCUAUAUUCUGUUUGUUUAAGAUAUUGGCAUUCGGAAGAUGUCCGAAAAUUUUUGAACUGGAAAUCUAAACCAUUUAAUUUUAAUAGAGUGGUUUUGUUUUAUGCUA